GACCGUUCUCUAGGGCCCGGCGUCAUGAUUGCGGGAAGCGGCAUGAGCUCGGAGCCGGAUGCGGCGGAUACGACAGUUAUCGGUACAUCUAUUUAAGGCUCAACAUUUAGAUUGGGGUCACCAUUGAGGUUGGUCUGUCACUGACACGUCGGAAGAGGAGACUCCUACUCCUUGAGGAAAAAACAACAGGGGAAAACGAAGGGAACAAAGAGCUUUGUCAAAGCGGGUCUCCUCUUCCGACUCAGAGUGUCAGUGGCCAGCAGCGAAUGCCGAGCUUUAAUCUAUGGCCAAGGAGCGCUAUUCCGGAUUGGAGGUGCUGAACAAGUUGAGCACGAUUCCGCCAGACAUGGCUGGCAACAUCUUGGCCGUCACCUUCCCAUCUGCUGUUGGUCCGAAGACGUUCAAGGGCAUCGACGAGAUCGCUAUGGGACCAUUUGAGCCAGAGAUGGGAAUGAGGAAGGUAAUUUGUUGAUCGGAUCAAGCUUUUGAUGUUUCUUGUUUUUAGCUCUCCUCUUAUUCUUGUUUUUCUAGUUGAACACAUAUUACUUGUUUUUAGUGCUUUUUUCAUGGAGGGAGGAGAGAGAGAGUUAUGAGUACAGAGUGGGUGCGAUGUUGUUGUAUCACAAAAGCAAAUCACUUGACAGGCUAUUCUUUAUCACUAUGUGAUUUGUUUUGAGUUGUUGUUCACAAAGUUGCCACCAAUAGAGCAAACUGUUAUUUUAGUUCUAAAAUUUCUUUUCGUUUUCUUUUUGGAAAACAAGUAAUCUACUUAGAUUCUUUUCCUUAAACUACCAGAUCUUCAAAUCCGCCGGUGGCUCCUUCGUUCUCGUUGAGCCUCCACGCAACACGCAAAACUACUGCUACGAGCGCUUCAUCGAGUUCAAGGAUCCCAAGUCCGGGAUGACUGAGGUGGUC